AUGAUCAAAGACGACGCUCACCGGGGCUCUGGCAGCUCUCCCACUCAGCCUCACGAUCCCUCCAACGACAGCAAUAAUACUAAUAACAACGAUAAUAAUACUCCAGCUCCAGACGGCAUGCCCAAGGGUUAUUCGCGCAUGGACGAAGGCCCUCCAAAACCCAGUCUUAAGCUGCUAUUCGCCCACUGCGGCAUUGCACCUUUUAUGACUCGCGUUAUUGGCCAAGCGUUUGAUGCCUUUGCAAGAUUUCCUUCCCCUGCUGCUCAGGAAUCCUUAUCUCCCGAUGAUCUUGCUGCGGUUAAAUCCCGCCUACUGCGAGAAGUUGGGCUGACGGCCAUUCAACUGCUCGCUCUUGCCGGUGAACGUCAUGAGGCUGAGGCGGGUGUAUACGAGGCCGUUACGACCCGUCGCAUGGAAUGGUUCGAUGCCCAGAUGUCUCAGUCCGAAGACGGCACAACUGGCGCAGGAGGUAUGAUGGCCAAAUUUGCACGAGACACUGACGAUAUACGCACCGCCACUUCACUCGCCAUGGGUCAGCUCAUCCAGCAUCUGACCACUGUUCUUGCCUCCCUUAUCAUCGCUCUGGUCACAUCAUGGUCUUUGACCCUCAUCAUCCUGGCUUCCAUCCCUGUCCUGCUCGUCCUCCAGUUUAUUUCGCAGGCGCUCGCAAUGCCCCGAUAUGACCGAGAACGUGCUCUCCUCGCAAAGGCCUCGUCACUCACAACCACUUCCCUGUCCGCCAUUGCGACCAUCAAGUCCUUCAAUGCCCAGUCCUCCACUCAAUCCCGUCUUUCAACUCUUCUAAAUCAAGUUCGAAAAACCGCUCAUGCAUGCUCGGCCAUUUGGGGCGUUACAGCCGGUGGAACUCAAUUCGUACUCUUUGCCAUGUUCGUCCAAGGCUUUUGGUUCGGUUCUGCUCUGGUCCGUAAAGGAGACAUUACUCCAGGCCAGGUAAUGGGCGUUUUUUGGGCCUGUUUAAUUGCCGCAAGCAACCUUCAAAUGUGCAUACCCUUGAUUGUGACAGUCAGCAAAGGGAAGAGCGCUGCUGUGGCCGUAGCCGAAUUGUUGAGCCCAAACAACGGAGUAGGAGGGGAUGGAAUGGUCCAGGCACAAGGGCAUAGUGGAAUACCGCUCGUUCGUGCACCAACGCACCGAAUUCCCAUGAGAAAGAUCGUUCCUACUCGGAAAUGUCAAGGCGAGCUGAGUUUGCACAAUGUGACCUUUGCUUAUCCUUCCCGACCGGACCAAAUUGUUUUGAAAAAUGUAUCAAUGUUUAUUCCUGCCAACGAGAUGACCUUUGUUGUUGGCGGAUCCGGUUCCGGAAAGAGCACGGUGGCCCAAGUGAUGUGUGGAAUCAAGACUCCCGCCUCUGGCGCAGACGAAGACGAGGCCGAGUAUUUCAGCAUAACGCCGGGGGGAAUGGUUGUCCUCGAUGACCAACAACUCGAUAUGCUUGACGAACGCUGGAUGAGGAAGAAUGUUGCGCUCGUUAGCCAGCAGUGCAUCAUGUUCGAUAUGAGUGUGCAUGAUAACGUUGCAAUCGGCUUGGCCGGCAGCCGACUUGAUGGGGAAGAAGAACCCGAACCGGAUCCAAGUGUACCCUCCACACCGUUCAUCCCCCAUGUUUCCAGGGAAAAGGUCGUUGAUGCGUGCCGCAUGGCUCUCUUGCACGACUUUAUUCGAGAGCUACCCGAAUACGAUACGGUGCUCAAUGGUGGGGGCGGAGGUGCAGACGAAGAAGAGAAAGCGGAGACUGGGAAUGGAAGGAUCAGCUUGAGUGGAGGGCAGAGACAAAGGUUGGCUAUCGCUCGUGCAUGGAUUAGGGACCCGGCCGUGUUGAUUCUUGAUGAAGCAACAUCGGCCCUCGAUGCUACCGCUCGUAUUCUUGUGUUUGAAGCUAUCAAGGCCUGGCGCCGCAACAAAACCACCAUCGUUAUCACACAUGAUUUGUCUCAAAUAGCACCAUCGGACUUUGUAUAUGUGAUGAAGGACGGACGAGUUGUUCAGGAAGGGUAUCGCUACAAUCUUCAGGCGGAGCGAGGUGGAGUGUUUGAAGGAAUGGGUGUGGACUAUCAGGGGGUGGAGGAUGAACUAGACGAGAUUGAAGAGGAGCUUAGGGGUACAUCGGUCGGACACUCGGUCGGGCGAUCCUUGGGCCGCUCUACCACCCAGGACCCAGAAGAGAGAGAAUACGCAUACGGCAUGGUGACCCGCGCCGAGGCCCGCCAAGUCGACGAGCUCCUUGAGGCGGAUGGACGCGAAUCAAAUCACGGAAUGGGCUUCCCUGCCGCUUCUACCAGACACACCUCGUUUGCACCAUAUGUCCAGCACCCGUCUCUGGCCGGUCCAUCCAUGUGGAUGCUCGAUGCGAUUGCAGAUAUUUCAGGGCAGACCAGGACUCCUGUUCAAACGUACCGCCAUCGACAUCCCAGCAAUGCACCCAUACCCAAUCUGGACUUCGGGAGACGUCAAUCGAGUGCGGAUAUUGAGGAGGUCGAGUUUGCAAUGGGAGCCUCAAUCGCCUGUGUCCCCAUCUGGGAGGCCUCAAUCGGGUUGGCCUCUGAUCGCAAGUCUAUUGGUCGCCGUUCAUCACUUGGCAGGAAAUCAUUCGGUGCCAAGUCCUUCACUCCUACCCAAAAAUUUAUGCGCAGGUGGACCAAAAAGCAGGAAGACAAUCAAAGCGAAAGCGGUGAAGAUAGUGAAGAGGAAGAGGUCAAAGCCUUCGAGCAAGAGAAGAAUAUGGCCAAGGCUAGUGGUGAUGCAGCAACCCAACAGCGACGAAUUCCUCGUGAGCGCAAAGAAGCUGUCAUGGAGCUCAUAAUCGAGGGCGAAGAGUCCGACCGCAGGGUAGAGGAACAGGCACAACAGGGCCCUCCCUCCCUUACUUCAGUCCUCAAGCGCUUCUAUCCAACUGUACCAAAUAAACUCUUGGUCUUGUUUGGGCUUUAG